GUCAGAAUUGCCAAAUUCAAAAAGAACCAGAUAGCUUGUUUGCUUGAGCAACCAAGUUUUUUGUAAGACUUGGCCCUUUCUUUUAUGUAUAUUUUGAUGGCCUAACUUAAGCUAGUAGAUAACGAAGGUUUCGCCAACUGAUCUCUUCAUUAAUUUCAAUUCAAAUCCCUAAUUAAAAUAUACUCAGCCACCUUAUCACGCAAUCCCUAUGACUCUCUCCACUCGUUGUUCCUAUAAAUAUAUAUCUGUGCUUUCAGAUAUGCACCAAAGUACCAUAUCAAUGCACAGAGCUUAAUUAAUUAGCUAAAUCAUUUGCACCACACACAACCUUUAGCUUUCAUUUUGUUAUCCUUUGCCUCUUCUUGAUUCUCUUCACCUUUCAACAUGUCUCGUUUUCUUUUUCUUCUGCUAUUUGCUUCAGCUCUUCUUGCUUCUUCUGUGGCUUCUGCUGCAAUUGUGGAACAUUCAUUCUAUGUGAAAAACCUUACUCUCCGGCGACUGUGCGGUGAGCAAGUGAUAACCGCAGUGAACGGAAGCCUCCCCGGCCCGACCCUAAGAGUUCGAGACGGUGACACCCUUGUGGUUCAUGUGUUUAACAAGUCUCCCUACAAUCUCACAAUCCACUGGCACGGAAUAUUUCAGAAACUGAGUGGAUGGGCAGACGGGCCUAAUAUGGUAACUCAAUGUCCAAUAAUUCCUGGAAGUAGCUACACCUAUAAAUUUAAGGUCAUCAAACAGGAGGGUACUCUCUGGUGGCAUGCUCACGUCUCAACUCUCCGAGCAACAGUUUACGGAGCUCUAAUUAUCCGUCCAAGAUCCGGCCGUUCCUACCCGUUCCCUAAACCCGACAAAGAAGUUCCUAUCUUAUUAGGAGAGUGGUGGAAUGCUAAUGUUAUUGAUGUCGAGAACGAGGCACUUGCAACCGGCGGCGCUCCUAAUAUUUCCGAUGCUUACACCAUUAAUGGAAGGCCUGGUGAUCUUUACCCAUGUUCUCAAAAGCAGACAUACAAACUUAAGGUGGAGAAAGGAAAGACAUACAUGCUACGUAUAAUCAACGCUGCACUCAAUAACCAGCUCUUCUUCAAGAUAGCUAAUCACAAGAUGACAGUUGUCGCUGUCGAUGCUGCCUACACAAAACCUUACGUCACGGAUGUCGUAGUCACCGGCCCUGGCAUGACCACCGACGUUCUCCUCACCGCUGACCAGCCCGUGGGGUCUUACUACAUGGCUGCCAGUCCUUAUGCCAGUGCUCCAGGCGUACAGUUCGAUAACACGACCACCAGAGGCAUCCUCUUUUACGAAGGCUCCACGGCUGCCACUCCCAUUAUGCCUCUAAUGCCAGCCACCAAUGACACCCCGACGGCCCAUAAGUUUUACAGCAACCUCACCGGACUUGCUGGUGGACCACACUGGGUUCCGGUGCCUCGUCACAUUGACGAGCACAUGUUCGUCACAGUUGGGCUUGGGCUCGAACCCUGCGGAGGAAACGCCACGUGUGCAGGUCAAAAUGGACAGCGAUUCGCUGCGAGCAUGAACAACAAAUCGUUUCAGUUCCCAACAGGGUUGUCAAUGUUGCAGGCUUUCUUUUUCAACGUGAAAGGAAUCUACACUCCCAAUUUCCCUGACAAGCCUCCAGUGAAGUUCGAUUACACAAACUCCAAUAUCAGCAACGACACAUCGUUGCUCUUUACACCCAAAUCAACUAGUGUAAAGGUAUUGAAGUACAAUUCGACGGUGCAGAUUGUGUUACAGAACACGGCCUUGAUCGGUGUGGAAAAUCAUCCCAUUCACAUUCAUGGUUUCAAUUUCCAUGUAUUGGCUCAAGGAUUUGGAAACUAUGAUCCUGUAAACGACCCUAAAAAGUUCAAUCUUGUCAACCCACAAGUACGUAACACCAUUGGAGUCCCUGUAGGAGGCUGGGCAGUCAUCAGAUUCAGAGCCAAUAAUCCUGGUGUAUGGUUCGUGCACUGUCAUCUAGACGUGCACUUGCCUUGGGGGCUAGCCACAGCUUUCGUAGUUCAGAACGGACCUACUCCAGGGUCUACCUUGCCACCUCCGCCGGCCGAUCUGCCGAAGUGUUAGAAUUUGAUGCAUCCGCAAUUCUCAUUGAUUAUUACUAUUGUUUCAAUUCUGGGAUUUAUUCUUUGUACAAGUUUGUAUUAAUUUCAAUUACAUUGUUUUUUUGGAGCAAAAAUCUAUUGUAAUAAUGUUACCAUUGGUCUAAUCUUUGUCAAUUGUAACAAAUUGGAAUUAUUUUGAUGUAAUGAUAUUGUUUUCUAAGAUUCAUUAAUAAUAUAUACCAGAGUACACAUGUUUUUGAAA